GCCCAGCAUGGACCUGUACUCCAUGCUCGUAUCCCAAAGACUCGCUCCGCAAGGUGAGACGCGCGCGGAACCAAUUUUUUUCACUCCGAGAACUCCAUAAUUUUGUGUUUACUUUGUUUACAUCGAUUGACGCUGUCAUUUUUCGGAAAAAAAAACGAGACAAAAACAAUCGAGGACUUGUUCACUGUGCCCUGAGACUCAUUGGAUUCUGCAUUAUUAUGCAAUGACAGUGUUUACAUGUCGAUGUCAUUAUUUAUGAUGACACCAUUGGACUGACAGCAGUUGCCUAUUUUCUAUGAGUGAAUGUUCAAGUUUUGAUGAUUUUUGCAAAGUGAGUGCAGUGAUUUUUGGAUUUUUCCUGUUUUCCAGUGGCUAUUUUGGUUUUGAUUGGAUACUUUCCAGUUGGGGGUGCGCAAAAUCGUGAAUUUUCCUUGAAACGAAAAACGUGGAAACGUGGAGAGACAUGAUCGUCAACUGGUAGUUAAACAGCCAUGGGGAUGCGAGAUAAAAAUAUAUUUAACAAAGUUAAUGAGAUAUAUUCGUCAUUGGUCAGAAAUCAGAAAAAUAUUUAUUCACACGAGAUUAAUCUUGAGAGGCCGGUGGAUUGUGGUGACGGGGCAUGAGAGCUCAUCAUGUUCAACCAGCGACACGAGCCACCGCAGACACUGUCGACAAUAAUCUACAAAUGCCUCGUGAUAGGCUUUAUCGUUAUCAUUGGUAGCAACUAUGUCACGGCUGAUCUCAGUUCAGAGUUUGUCAAAGGAAAAAUAUGUAUUGGAACAAAUGGACGUAUGUCAGUACCAUCGAGCCAACAUCAUCAUUAUCGCAAUCUACGAGACAGAUACACAAAUUGCACUUAUGUGGAUGGCAAUUUGGAAAUUACGUGGCUGCAAAAUCAAACCUUUGACCUCAGCUUUCUUCAGUAUAUUCGAGAAGUCACCGGUUACGUUCUCAUUAGUCAUGUCGAUGUUAAAGUCGUAUUACCGAGACUCCAAAUUAUCAGAGGACGUACACUAUUCAAACUCAAUAUUCACGACGUUGAGUUUGCACUGCUGGUUACGAUGUGCAAUAUGCAUGAUCUUGAGAUGCCAGCACUCCGGGAUAUUCUGAAUGGUAGCGUUGGAAUGUACAACAAUUACAAUUUAUGUCACAUCAAGACAAUCAACUGGGACGAGAUAAUAACGGGUAUAGGUGGUAAAUACGUUUACGUAUACAAUUUCACAACACCCGAGAGAGUAUGCCCAGAGUGCCAUAAGAAUUGUGAUCAGGGUUGUUGGGGUGAGGGACCAGAGAAUUGUCAGAAAUUCUCUAAAACCAAUUGCUCACCACAAUGCUGGCAGGGCAGAUGCUUCGGUCCAAAUCCCCGUGAGUGCUGUCACCUUUUUUGCGCUGGCGGUUGCACUGGGCCCAAACAGAGUGACUGUCUUGCUUGUAAGAACUUCUUCGACGAUGGUGUCUGCACACAGGAGUGUCCACCAAUGCAAAAAUACAAUCCGACAACGUACUCAUGGGAACCCAAUCCUGAUGGAAAGUAUGCUUAUGGGGCGACGUGCGUGAGAAAAUGUCCAGUUCAUCUAUUGAAGGACAAUGGGGCAUGUGUCAGAUCAUGUCCACCAAAGAAGAAGGCACAAAAUGGUGAAUGCGUACCCUGCGAUGGACCAUGUCCAAAGACAUGUCGUGGUGGUGAUCGAGUGCACUCGGGGAACAUCGAUAGCUUCAAGGAUUGUACGAUUAUCGAGGGUUCAGUAACUAUUUUGGAUCAGACGUUCAAAGGAUUUGUCGAUUUCUUUUUGAAUUUCACCACCGGUGAAAAAUAUGCUCCUAUGCAUCCGGACAGACUUGAAGUCUUCAGUACACUCAAGGAAAUCACGGGAUUCCUCAAUAUUCAGGGAGAUCACGCGGACUUCAAGAAUUUGUCGUACUUCAGGAACCUCGAGGUGAUAGGGGGUAGAACACUGACUGAAUAUUUCGCUUCGUUGUACAUCAUCAAAACAUCGCUCACAUCACUCGGCCUCCAAUCAUUGAGGAAGAUUUACUCAGGCUCAAUUGCCAUUUUGGAGAAUCAGAAUCUCUGUUAUGCUCAGAGUAUCGACUGGCUCAAGAUAAGAAAGUCACAGGAGCACACAAGUCUGUUAUCGAAUAAUAAGAACGAGUCUCUGUGCAUCAAGCAGGGCCUUAUCUGUGACAAACAGUGCUCCCACGAGGGCUGCUGGGGCCCUGGACCGACUCAAUGCCUUUCCUGUAAGAACUUUAUACUGGGAAAUGUAUGUUUGGAGAACUGCCAUUCUCUACCUGGAAUUUACGAAGCAGACGAUAAAACCUGCAAGCCCUGUCACGAGGAAUGCGCAGGAACAUGUAAAGGUCCACGAGCUGAACAUUGUACCUCAUGCAAGCACUUCCGAGAUGGACCGUACUGCGUUCCCCACUGUCAGCAAACUAAAUACGAGCAAAAUGGACAGUGUAAAACAUGUCAUCCGACGUGUGUGGGUGGUUGUACAGGCCCAGAGAAUAAAAUUGGACCAGGUGGUUGUAAUAGCUGUGAGAAAGCUAUAGUAAAUGGUGAUGUGCCAGGGGAGUGUUUACAGAAGCGUGAUCCAUGCCCAGAUGGUUACUACUACGAGUGGAUUGAUCCUCAGGAGCAGGGACCGUUGAAGGCACUGGCUGGUACUGGGGCCUGCAAGAGAUGCCACCCACGCUGUAAAAAAUGUACUGGCUAUGGGGUUCAUGAGCAAGCGUGUCAGGAGUGCGUCAAGUUUAAACGGGGGGAGCACUGCGAGGACGAGUGUCCAGCUGAUCAUUAUGUUGAGUCGGAUUUACAACUUUGUAUUCCUUGUGCUUCGGAGUGUCGCAGUUGCUAUGGACCUGAAUCAAAUCAGUGUUAUGAGUGCAGAAAUUUGAGGCUUUACGCUAGUGGACAUCCUGUUGAUAAUACGACGGCGUUCAACUGCACAGGAUUGUGCCCAGCAGAGUAUCCGCACAAGGUUUAUCCAGAUGAGGGAGAGCCGUACUGCUCAGCAGCUGUAAUCCCCGGAUUUCAGUUGGAGAACGAGAUACAGCCGGCUAUUCUCAUGGGAGUGGGGAGCAUCUUAGCGGUGAUUUUGGGAGUGAGUGCUAUAAUUAUGUGGCAAUGGAGACUGAGGACCAAAGCCAAGGAGAAUACAGUGAAGAUGACAAUGGCACUGACUGGGCUCGAUGACAAUGAACCACUCCGUCCAACUGGUGUCAAGCCGAAUCUUGCAAAACUGAGGAUUAUUAAGGAGGAAGAGAUGAGGAAGGGAGGGAUACUCGGCUACGGUGCCUUUGGUAAUGUGUACAAAGGGGUUUGGGUGCCUGAGGGUGAGAACGUCAAGAUUCCAGUGGCCAUUAAGGUACUUCACGACAGUACUGGUGCAAAUACGUCGAAAGAGUUUCUGGAUGAGGCGUAUAUUAUGGCUAGUGUUGAACAUCCAAAUUUACUUCAACUCCUUGCAGUAUGUAUGACCUCCCAGAUGAUGCUUGUGACUCAGUUGAUGCCAUUGGGCUGUCUUCUCGAUUUUGUCCGCACUUAUAAGGACAAAAUUGGAUCCAAACCUAUGCUGAAUUGGUGUACACAGAUAGCACGUGGUAUGUCGUAUCUGGAGGAACGCAGGCUCGUUCAUCGAGAUCUCGCAGCAAGGAAUGUCCUGGUGCAGACUCCAAGUUGUGUGAAAAUCACCGAUUUUGGUUUAGCGAAAUUACUGGACAUCAAUGAGGACCAGUACAAGGCUGCUGGAGGAAAAAUGCCCAUUAAGUGGCUGGCCCUCGAGUGCAUUCAGCACCGAGUAUUCACUCAUAAAUCUGAUGUCUGGGCGUUCGGUGUCACCAUCUGGGAGAUUUUAACCUACGGUGGAAGACCCUAUGAACAAAUUCCUGCCAGAAAUGUCCCUGAAUUUUUAGAAAAAGGUGACAGACUACCCCAACCAGAAAUCUGUUCAAUCGACGUCUACAUGAUCAUGGUCAGCUGUUGGUUUUUAGAUGCCGAAGCAAGACCGAGCUUCAAAGACCUCUCUGACAAUUUCGCCAAAAUGUCAAGGGAUCCGGGUAGAUAUCUCGCCAUUGUGGGAGACAUGUACAUGAGACUGCCCUCCUACACCCCUCAGGACGAGAAAGAGAUGAUCAGAAACUUGGCUUCAGCCAUGGACGGCCCAGAGGCCCUUCUCGAUAUCGACGAAUAUUUGCAGCCGAAAUCACGAGCUCCACUACCCCCUGGCCUCUCCAAUUCCAGUCUCUCUGGAUCUCCCCCAAGUACACCCCUAAAAACCUGUUGGCCAAAUGGAAUCCCUUCACUGCCAACUGACUCACCAACACCCCAGAACCAGCAAAAUUGGGACAGAGAACUAUUGAGGUAUAACGCAGCACAUGCAGCCACCAGUCAACAACCCACCGAGCCCAACAAUUCUGCUCAACAUCCUCAUUACUCACGUCCCACCAGUCACUGCAGACCAGUUAGUACCGUAGACGGUUCUAACCGCAGGUACUGCUCGGAUCCCCUGAAGAUGGUCGGCGUCAGAGAUUGCGACGUAACGGACGACUGUUUCACACCUGAAAUAGUACCAGUUCAGCAGCAAGCACAAAUAGGUAAUCUCAAACUCGAUCUUCCCCUGGACGAAGACGACUACCUAAUGCCAUCCCCCCAACUACCUGCCAAUGUAUCACAGUACAUGGAUCUCAUCAGCGAUGCUAAGCCUACUGAGUCAGAGCCAAAGAAAUUGCCCAAUGGCUACAGGAAGUAUCCAGAGUUCCUGACCAUUCCAGGAAAAACCUCGCUGGAUAAUCCUGAGUACAUAAUGUCUCAGGAUGAGCCUCCACUGACUCCCCAGACGAUUGGAAUUCCGACUCCUGAUCUCAACAAAGUUCUAACAAAUGGUGCGUUUGGAGGACAAGUGAGACAGAGAAGUUCAGAAGAGGAAUCUGAUCACGAGUAUUACAACGACUUCGAUCGACUGAAAAGAGAACUGCAACCACUCAAACCACUGCGAAAGAACGAAACAACUGUUUAAUAAAUUUGUGAAUAUUUUUUAUAGACUAUAUGGUUAGAAAAAUAUGGAAAUUUCAUGGACAGUUAACUAGCAAUUUUCAGAAAAGUAAUAUUGAAUCAUAAAAUUUUAGGUUUCGUAGAUAGUUGAACGAGAUUUUUAAUUUUCAAACAAAAUAAUAUUUAGUAGGAAAUUAUGCUGAAUUCUCCUGAUUUCUAUUAAUUUUAUAGAAUAAUUGAACUGAGAUUUACAACUUCUAUUGGUUUUUCUAUGAAAUAUGGAAUUUUUAAGAACGAAAUUUCUUGAGAUUUUAAUGGAAUUGUAAUGUGAUAAAAGUUCUCAUCAAAUUGUCAGAAAUUUCAGUUGAAUAAUUUAACCAGUGUAGGUCCAAAGUACUUAGGAGUGACAAAAAACAACUCGCCAAUGUGAUUAAUCUUAAAUGGAACAAAAAUGUAGAGAAAUUAUUUUCGAUGAAUUUUAGUGCAAAAAAUGGAACGAAGGGUUUCUUAAUGUGCCAUGAAUCUGUGGCUUGUAAAUAUCAGUUUUAAAUACAAAAUGAAUUGACCAUGAUUAUCGAAUAAUGCAUUUCGUGAGGUAUUUAGACAUUGUCAAAUCACGAGCAAAUAAAUCGUGAAAAUUGCAUUUCAUAGAAAUGAUUUUAUGUUAUCGACGUAACAGAGGUUUCUACAACGAAUCAAUUGUACAGAUAGCCUCGUGCGGGCCACCGCUGACUGUGAUAGGAUAAACAAAAUCAUGACUUAAGGAAAAAUUAAAUUGUUCAGAUAAUUUGUAACGAAAUGAGGACUCGAAGGAGUCGAAGCACUACUUAAAUUACGUGUCCAUGCCAUUUAUAUUUUUUACGUAUUUUCGUAAUCCAAUGCCAUUGGAUUGUGAAAAUAGCAUUUUUGUCAAACAGAAGAAUUUAUACAGUUUUUAUACAACAGAAUUGGACAGUGCCAUGCUCUCCAGGUUUUAUAAAUCUCUUAAUACCAAGAACAAUACAAAAUUUUUGAUACUGCAUUUUUAAUGAGUAUUAUAACCACUGUACAUUUGCCUUAGGCAUUACUGAUGUAAUUGUUAUUUUAAGUAUAUUUUGUAAUAUAUUUUGCGGUUUCGAAAGUAUAUAGAUGACUGUAAAUUUUAUAGUUACGCGAUAUACUCAAAAUCCUGUCUUUUUGUAUGUUGAAAAAAUUUAUAUUUUCGGUGUAAAUUGUAAAUAUAGACUGUUACUGUAAUAAACGAAGUAAUUAUGAAA